AGAUAUAUGGAGAUUUUCCCACCAGUCCCAUCAUCCGAGCUCACCAGUCGCCAUAGAACUCCAAGAAUUUGCCUGUGGAGGUGCUCGAUGAGAUUCGGGUACCUUGGCAUCCCCGUCACUGCAGACAAUGCCUGUCUUGCGUGACAGACGAUUGAUGGCUCAGAGCGUCGUUGCCGAACUGAUUUCUGCUUCCACCGCCUGAUCGAAGGACCAUGAGAGAAUAGGAAUCUUUUGAGUCAAGCCGCAAGUCAAGAUGAGUGUCGGUCCUGCAGGUGUCGCUGAUUUGUUUUAUUUACUGGAAUCAAAUAAACUUGGGGAGGUCGAAGAGACCAAAAAAGUAUUCCAUGAUCAUUUCUUAUGCACAAAAGACAAUUGGCUGGUAAAUGGAUUGUUGGAUUAUUACCUUUCUACAAAUUCUUCGAGGACAGCAGAAGUAUUAGCAGGUGUACGAGAUCCGCAUGAUAAACAUCUGUUAGAUCGUUUGUCAGACAUUCUUUCAAAACCUGGCAAUAGUGGACAGAGAUUACAUGCACUCACACUGCUUGGGCAUAUAGCCAGACGUCAGCCUACUUGGUUGUACAAGCUAGCCAGUCAUGCUUUAUUCAGAGAUCUACUCAAAUUACUUAAGGUGGAGACAGAUAUAUUACCACUUAUGAGUGCCCUUCUUCUGUUAGUAAUGUUGUUACCAAUGUUACCUGCUGCUCUAGGGCCAUAUCUAUCAGAAAUAUUUGAGGUAUUCGGCCGCUUGGCCUCUUAUUAUCAUCAUCAUCAAUCCUUACUUUCUCCUUCUACUCCCUUUACUUCAACUACAGUACCAAAUGUCAUCGACAAGGACCAUUUGUACCUCAUACAUUUGCAGGUAGGAUUAUACAGCUUAUUUCAUAGACUGUACGCGAUGUAUCCUUGCAAUUUUAUAUCAUACCUGAAGCAACAAUACAUUCAACGUGAUCAAUUGGCUACAUUUACUCAUACUAUUAGACCAAUGUUGGAUUCUGUGCGUAUGCAUCCUUCUCUUGUUACAGCAUCUAAGGAUGCAGAAAUUUCAGCCACUAGGUGGAAAAAAAUGGAACAUCACGAUAUUGUGAUAGAAUGUGGUCGUUUUACAUUAGACAAAUGUCGGGAGGAAAUUUUAGGAGUAGUUAAUUCUCGGUGCACUCCACCUCUUGAUCAAUCUUCCAUCACUUGCGCACCGAUAAAUAUUUCUGGUGGAGUAACGACCGUAGAGACUAAUAAUGGGGAAGAUGAUGCAUUUUGGUCACCGAGCAUGACAGUGCCACCGCAUAGCCCGGCACAAAACGCAUCUCAUGAGCCACGCUCUGCUCCACCGACGCCUAAUAACAAUAGAAGUGGUACUUCCCCGCCCGAGGCUGCUAUAGAAGCUACCCCCGAAACAACUCCUGUUAAGGAUUUACGAAAAAAUUUAUCAACGAGACAAGCGCCUCUGGGAUCCAGUGCAGUGCGUGCUCUAAAUGCAUUGGGCAAUGGCACAUCUUCUCGGCCAUCAACGCCGACCUCUGUAAACUCCGGAAUAAAAAGUACAGACAUUGCAGCAAAUACACAUGGAUUUCUUUCGAAUAGACUAAGUAAGAUUAUGGUAGACAGACAAAAUGUUUUUCAGUCGCAAAAAUCAUUGAGUAAUAGCGAAGAAAAUGGAAGGCUCUUAGAAAUGGCUAUAAGUCAAAAUGGGAAGAAUGAUUCUUGGCAAGAAGAUCAAGAGGUAUUGGAGAUUGUCAGUUCACACGGAAAUGGAGCAGUUGAAAUGCCAAAGUAUGUUGAAGCACAAUCUGAAGCACGAAGCGAGAGGAACACAUAUGGCACUCUAUCCCAUUUAUCGCAAAAGAUUUAUCUUCGACUAUAUUCUCAAUAUCAUUUCCCAAUUGAAGAUUCAAAUUCAAACGUAACGCACAAAGUGAAGUAUCGAAGAUUUUCAAAGAUUAUUGCAUGUAAUGUUUUGCAUUGUAGCAGGAAUGAAAAAAAAUGUUUAUAUGUACAGAUUCGACACUCCAGAUCUUGUCCGGACAUGGAAAUGCAGAAGAAAUGUUAUAGCGAAGACGUGACGGAUCAAGCAAAGGGACGCGAGGAUAUCGGCAGUCAAACGUGUGAUUUAUUUCCAUACGAGCAACUGCUGCUAGGAAUGUUAGAUCAGAACAAUCAAAACUUUAGUCAAGAAAGUUCGGAUUCGAGAAUGUCGCCAAUCAGCAUGCUUGAUCGAUAUAUUGAAGCUUGCACGAAAACGAAUAGCUUUCUUAGUAAAACGAGAACAAAUGGUACCAGGCAGAAACAAAAAAAGAAAGGAGAGGAGGAUACGGAAGAAGAUGUAGCAGAAGACGAUGGUAUAGAUCCAACUUGUGCUAAUCAGUCACUUCAACUUAUGCAAAUGCAACUGCAAUUUGAACGACAGCGACGGGAAGUUCAUGCUGAGCGUAAUCGACGUCUGCUCGGUAAAUUAAGAGACUCGCGAGCUUCGGAAGAGCAUAAUCUUGCUUUGACUGAGCGUUUAAAAAUAGUCGAAAGAGAAGUGGAAGAAUUGAAAACGCAAUUGGAGCAUAAUAAGAGGGAAGCCCAUCAGGCCGAGGAACAAUAUAAAGAAGCUAUGCAUCAUUGGCAAACUAAAUGUAUCGAAGAACAACGACAAAGCCAUGCGUUCAGAGAUCGCCUAGAGAAUCUAGAAUUGGAAUUAAAAAACGAACAAAAAAAGAUAAUUGAAUCGCAGCAACAACUUCGAUCUGUCGAGGCAGAACUUUUCAAUGCAGGACACCAGCUUAAGACAGCAUUGAAGGCUGCGGACCGUGGCAAGGAACUGGAAAAUAUUGUAGAUACUAUGCAGAAAAAGUUUGUGCUUUUAGGAGAGGCGCAAUUAAGAUUAGAAGAAAACGCAAGUACUUUCUCACCGACAACCAAGCAAGAAACAGCGCAGAUUCAGAAAUCAUGUACAGAAGAGUUAAACAAUGUUCGGCGACAGUUAGAAUCACGAUCGUCACAUUUGGAAGCUUUGAAAGCACGCUUGAAUGAAGUAGAAAAUAAGGACGCGCGUAAGGAGACGCAACUGGUGAAUCUGCAACGGCUCCUGCAAGAGACAAAGGAACAACACGCGUCUGAAUUGGAGGCCGUUGAAUCCAAGUAUCGGGCACAAGUAGAGAUUAUUCUUCUUCAAGAAGGACGUAUACUUGAGCUUCAUGGUAAAUUGGAGACCGCGACGUAUUCUAACGCUUCGCCUAUAGGUAAUCCCGCUUCUUCAGCAUCGCCUAAGGAACGAUCUCCUCCUCUCUCAACCAGCUUAGCUUCGUCCAGCGAGGGCAGUCUCGCAUUUAUCCAUCCGGGCGCCGGAAUCAUCAUGAACGAUUGCUGCGACACCGCGACGGGUGAAAUCCCAAAUUUACAAGCUAUGAUAGAACCUAUACCGAGUAGCAGUCAAACCACCUCACCGUCACGCUCCGUCACUCAACGAUCAUCGACGCCGAAACAAGAUUAACGCCACGGAAAUGUUUACUGCGAUGUGAGUCUCUCGUAUAUCGCUGGCAGGCGGUAUACGGGAUUAUUGAAGAUUAUAUUUGCGAAUGCGCUGCGAUCAUUACUUAGUAUCGCAGUACGAAUGGAAAGAAAGUUAUUUGUAGCUUUUUAUCGAUAGAAUAGACGAGAUUCGUAAGGAAGUUGUGCUAAUCGGCUGAUUGCGAUCGAACAGGCAUACUAUGUUUGUUAGUGUUGGUAUAUCUCCGCUCUUGGAAAAAAUGGAUUUACAGUGAAUAAAUGGUUGAGAUAUUUUGCUGA